UUGAGCGUGCAUCGAGCUGGUUGAUAGCUAAAAGUAGUCUUGAUCUCACAGCAUUUAGUGCUGAAUAAAAGCCAAAAAUAACUAUGCCACACUCGAAAGGACACCGUCAAAAAGGUAAAGCAACGAUGAAUGGAGAAGUUCAUUCGGAUCACGAAGAACUCGACGAGAUAGACGAGGUUUUGAGCUGCUGUUUCCCGAAAGGUUGCACCCAAAAUACUUCCGUGGAACCAUCGCGAGCUGUUCGCGUUAUUUGCAACAAUGAAGGCUGCACUUUGGGAAAUUACAUGCAUGCAGAAUGCUUCGAGGCGUUUGAGGAUGAUAUCUUGGCGUACUURCGAGGAACUGGAAGAGCAAGAAGUUGGUCAGAAAAACAGAGAAGGCAAAAUAUAUGGACGAAAAAGGGCUACGACCUAGCCUUCAAAUGCUGCGCCUGUGCUUGUGGUAAGGGGCAUUUAAGAAAAGAUUUGGACUUUAUACCACCCUCUCCUACUGAAGGCCAUGCACAGGCUGCAAAAGCCAAACGAAAGAAGAAGAAAACUAAUGAUAAACCGACCAUUGGGAGUGCGACAAGGCCCAGAAGGAGCUCCCAGUCAUCUGUAUGCAGUCAAUCCCCGCCAGAAUGCUCUCCUAUCUCCCCUCCCUAUGUGAAAACACCCACUAAGAAAACGAAAACACACGAGCACUUCUUUGGUGACUCUUUUCCGAGCUUGGACAACAUUGAACCMAUCAAUAAACCAACAACAAACGGCACYAAUGGUACCAAUGGAGCAUUAUCUCUGAAUUUCUUUAGAAGGUCUGACUUUGAGUCGUUUCUGGCCGUACUUCCAAAACAUAAAGUAAACCCCUAUCAUAUCAAGAUGGAGGAGGAAGGUAUGGACGAGGCCAGACAUUUCGUUCUUUCGAGUCUAUCUUCGAAAAUGAUAACUACAGUGGAUUGUGUGUUAUGCAGCCGUGAACUCUCYGUAUUCGACAAAUACCCGCUUCUGGACGGUACUUUCUUUUUAACCCCUCGUAAGCUUGCGACAUCUUGUAUAGAUGUCUGUCAAAACGGCAAGCCACAAUAUUUAACAGCUGUUUGCAUGCACUGUUUGGAAGGGACGCCGAACGCCGUUCGAUGUAAAACAUGCACAAAACAAUGGGAUGGUUCGACACAUCAGCUUGGUACACUCUAUACAUACGAUAUAUUCGCAGCGUCACCGUGUUGUAUUCAACGAGUCGCAUGUCAAAAUUGUUCGAAACCUGUUGUCAAUUUGGAAAAGGAAUCGAGUUUGCAGUUUUUCUCUGAAUAUUCUCAACCAYUGAAAUGUCCGCACUGUGGGGUGUCUGGCUAUCACUGUAUUAAACCACUAACUUCGUUCGAAACACUGGUCAAUGGACGCUGAACACAAAAGAAAUUGUUGUCGAAUAUUGAAAAGCUUGGAUGAGGUGACGUGUUGAAAGUGGAAAUGWAUUUGUAAGUUACAUUACGCAUACGUGAAACGCAAGGGUACUCUCCGUCUACAAAAUGCAUGUCACGAAGAGGAAAACAUGCAAGAUAUUUUACUCUUYAUGAAAGAAAAUAAUUUUGUUACAAUCCCCACUAAAUUGCAACAUGUUUAAUUAUUUCAUUGUACAGCACAAGGUAUACUAUAUGUAAGUAUUUUGCAGUAUUUAUGUCGAAAAGCAUAUACGCUGAAAGAAAAUUGAGAAAUGAAAAAAUCAGGAAAAAAGGAAAGCACCCAUUAUGAAGUUUAUUGUUAUGACAAACAUCGGAAAGCAUGUAGAGUUUUUCAAGUGAGUCCAAGUGCAUCUGAAUUAAAAAACAUUCAUUUGAUGAUAAUCACCAAUCAAAAACCUUCGUCAGUAAAUAUAUUCCAAGAGAAAAAGUUUAUGGACCCUGCAGUUGAUUAAUUUAAUGAAUACAAGAAUCAAAAAAUUUUCUGUCCAAAAAUUAGCUUAAAAACACUCAAAUUUGUUUUUUGUAAUUGUUAAAAGAGCUCAGAGAAUAUACUUUCUUCAGCUGGAAAUUGGCUAUAUUUACAAAGUUAUUGAUUAAAGGGCCUCUCUACAUCAACAUUCACCACACAAAAAAAGGAAUUUUUCACCAUGUUUUAUACCAACUUAAUGAUAUUAGAUUGCAGCAAAACUGUUCCUCAGACAAUUAUUAAAAAUUUCAAUUACCACAUAAAUAAUUUUUUACCUUAGACCCUUAAUUUUUAAAGUUAUAUAAUUGAUGAUUUUAAAAAAAAGAAAAAAAAAACUCAUUGUGAAAAUUUCCCUUUGAGUGGCCUUGCUUGAGUAGACUCACCACACAACUMUUAUCUUUGAUAAAUGCACACUUUUAAGCAUUAUUUUGAGAUAAUCACUUGAGUACAAAUAUGGAAGGGUAUGGAAAACUUUAUAUGCUUUAACCUAAAUGUUAAUGGGCAAUUCCCUAUUUUUUUUUAACAUUUUGGAACUGAGGAAGGUACAGGUUUUCUGUCAAUCSUAAAUAAAUAACAAGGCUWAUAAUUGGCUAAUUAUUAACAGCCGACUACAAAUUUAUUCUCUUGCUUGUUAUAUUGCCCUAAGGGAAACUUUACAGACUUCYAUUCAUGGUCCACAAAAAGUAACUCUAAAAGAACUCUUUAUCAAUAUGGCCGCCAAAAUCUUUAAAUUCUAUUGUUUCAAGUAUCGAUUGAGUAAAAAACUAUGGGGUGCCCUGAGGGCAAUAAACAAGAAAUUCAUAAACUGUAAAGCUUCUAGAAUGCUAUGAGAUUAAAUAUCAUAAAAAGUAAAAAUUAAAAACAUUAUUUGAGUUUUGAAGCACAGSUAAUAAAUUUGAAUUUUUGAACCCUGGACAUCCCAUAAYCUCUUCAAAAUUCAAGAUGGCAGCUGUAUUAGUAAAAGAUCUAUUAYGUGUACACGUGCUAUGCAGGAUUGUUUUCUUAAUGWUUGUCAAARGAUAYCUGUAAUGCUUGGUAACUACUGUUUGUAAGGUUUAUGUACACAAUGAUGUGAAGUACGUACUGCUCUGUCUUGGAUUCUUGUAUUUCUAACAAAAUUGUAUGCUUACUGUCAGAAUGUUACUUCAUGUGAAAUAAAAUUGCAUAAAAAUUUAUAAAGCUACUUCAAUGAGAGUACAUGGAGACUGGAUUGGUGCCUUGUAAACAGCAGUUUUUGAAAGCAAGAACAACACUUUGAGUUCUUGAAGUCAAAUGCAAGCAUUUGGUGAAAAGGGGGUUUACUUGGAUUUAAUGGUUCCUUUCUUGGUGUAACAUUCCCCACUUUUCCUAGUGAUGUAUUUUCCUAUUAUCCCAAAUACAUUGUACAUGACUACCAAGACUUGAGUCCYAUGGAUUUAAGCCUUGGCUCUCUAUUUCGUAAUACCAUCUCUAGGAAUACAGUAGUUCAGAAAGAUUUUGUUAUACUAGGAAACUUGAGCAGCAUAAUUAUGAUAGAAUAUGCACGGUAACCUAUAACAUUACAGCAGAAACCGUUGCAUCGCCACUUCAAUAUCCAAAGGAAACAGUUGGGAUUUAGAUUUUUCUGUGACUUGAGGGCAGAGCUUGAUACUAAUCAGCCAAUUAUUGAAUGAGUUUUCGAAAAGCUCYGCCCCUCAGAUUGAAAGAAAGAACAAAAUCCAGACAAACUUCAAAACAAAGAGGUUGCGAGGCAACAAACUAAAAUUCAAGUUUAUAUUGUUUAACCUGCUGACAUUUGCAUUAAUAAUGACACCGUCUCAUACACCCUAAUUCUCUUAAAUGCAUACAGCUGAUAGCACGUAUUAACAACACAGUUUCUACUAUGAUUGGUCAACUAAAUAUUUUAUCUUGAAAAUCUCAGGAAAGCUAAUGAUUAUAAAAAGAAAAGUAAACAAAAUGAAAUUGGAA